GACGUUCCGGAUCAGGCACACACGUGUGCGCCGGAGCACAAGCGAUGCGGCUGCUUAGGUUAUUCGCUCACUGAAGCUACAAACUUGUGAUUUUCAUUUAGCGUUCAUCAAUUUGUCAUUUCACCAUGCCUGCUGUAAACAGAAUUACAAAGCCGACCACACAUCGGGGCAAGAAAGCUAUAUUGAAGAAGGAGCCUAAGCUGGUGGAAAACACCAAGGAAGCUUUAUACCUGAGGGGUAAACGCACGUCACAGAUCGUCACCGAUGUCAUGAAGGAUUUGUACGAUCUAAAGAAGCCCAACGUGCAAAUGCUGAGGCAGAAAAACGACAUACUGCCAUUCGAGGAUGUUACACCCGUGGAGAAAUUCGCGUCCAAGUACAACGCGUCCCUCUUUAUGGUGGCUUUGCACAAUAAGAAACGCCCGCACAAUCUUGUGAUGGGCCGAAUGUACGAGCACACGUUGUUGGACAUGAUAGAAUUCGGCGUAGAAAAUUAUAAAGGACUGAGGGACUUCAAAGUUGAGAAGAUCAUCAUGGGGAUAAAACCAUUGUUGAUCUUCAACGGUGAACUCUUUGAGAGUAAUUACGAGUAUGGCAGGAUCAAAAACUUGCUCGUUGACAUGUUUCUGAGGGAGGAGGUCCAGAAGAUCAGGUUGCAGGGUCUUGAACAUGUUUUGAGUUUCACAGCUGUCGAGAAUAAGAUACUUUUGCGUAGUUACAGGAUACUCUUGAAAAAAUCCAACACGAAAACACCCAGGAUAGAACUCGAGGAAAUAGGGCCGCGUGCCGAUUUAGUGUGCAGACGCAACAAGUUCGCCUCUGAAGACUUAUUCAAGCAAGCUUGCAAGAAACCGAAAGCACUCAAGGUGAAGACGAAGAAGAAUAUCUCUAAAGAUACGUUUGGAACAACGUACGGCCGUAUACAUAUUGGAGCACAAAAUAUCAGCGGUAUUCAAACAAGGAAGAUGAAGGGCUUGAAGAAAACACUGUCGGAAAAGAAAACUGAAAAGAGAAGAAUUGCUGACGAUAAUAACGACGACGCAAAGAGAUCGAAAGAAAGUACGGACUGAAAGGUUGACUGGAGGUUUAUAAUUAAAUAAAAAGGAUGUAAUUUUAGUA